UAAAAUAGAACAGUCUCAACAUGUCAGUGAGCGCAUUAGUAUUUUCCGCCUUCGUUUUAUUAGUGACGUAUAUUUACUAUUGGUCGACCCGGAAAUUCGAUUAUUGGAAGCGAAAAAAUGUGCCAUACGCUAAACCUGUGCCGUUCUUUGGGAACUACAUGCGAUAUAUCACACUGCAGAGCUUCCUAGGAGAUGUGAUGCAGAAGCUGUGCCAGCAGUUCCCUGACAGACCGUACUUCGGAUCGUUUUACGGCACGGAACCAGCCCUAGUCUUGCAGAAUCCGGAGAUCAUCAAGCAAGUUUUUACUAAAGACUUCUAUUACUUCAACAGCCGCGAAAACAGGGAUUACAAUCAUAAGGAAGUAUUCACACAGAACUUGUUCUUCGCCAAUGGAGAUAGAUGGAAGGUAAUACGUCAGAACCUAACCCCGCUGUUCUCAUCGUCAAAGAUGAAGAAUAUGUUUUACUUGGUGGAAAAAUGCAACCAUUCCCUUGAAGACAUGCUGGACAAGGAAACCAAAGACUUGCAGACUAUCGAGAUCCGGUCUGCUAUGAUAAGGUACACACUGGACUCUAUCUGCUCUAGCGCCUUCGGUAUCGAAACAAAUACCUUGAGUGAGGGCGCAGAAAAUAGUCCUUUUCCAAGCAUGGGAAGCACUAUAUUUAGUUCUUCGAUAACUCGAGGACUGAAAUUGAUUGGUCGUUCGAUGUGGCCGGGCAUAUUCUAUAAGCUUGGUUUCCGGUGCUUUCCAACGGAAAUUGACGAUUUCUUUGAGACACUCCUGACUGAGGUGUUCGAGAACCGUGGCUACAAGCCAACGAACCGAAACGAUUUCGUGGACUUAAUUUUGAGUCUGAAACAAAACGAUUACCUGACCGGUGAUGGCUUGGUUCCCAAAAACGUCAACGCAAAGAAAGUGACGGUCAAGGUUGACGAUGCCUUAUUGAUAGCGCAGUGCGCAGUCUUCUUUGCUGCAGGCUUCGACACGUCAGCUAGCACUCUCUCGGCAGCCCUAUACGAGCUGGCCAAGAACCCAGAAGCCCAAAGGCGCGCUCAAGAGGAAGUCGACGAACUUUUGCUGAAACACAACAACAAGUUAAGUUAUGAUUGUUUAGCGGAAUUACCGUACUUGGAGGCAUGUAUGAACGAAGCGAUGCGUCUGUACCCAGUACUUCCUAGUCUCACCCGCGAAACCGUUGCCGACUAUACGUUUCCUGAUGGCCUGAGGAUAGAAAAGGGUAUGCGUGUGCAUGUCCCGGUGUACGCUAUCCACCGUAACCCCGACAACUUUCCUGACCCGGAAGAGUUCCGUCCUGAGAGACAUCUAGGAGACGCCAAAAACGACAUUAAGCAGUUCACGUUCUUCCCGUUCGGAGAAGGGCCCAGGAUCUGUAUUGGUAUGCGUUUCGGGAAAAUGCAGACUAUCGCUGGGCUGGUUACCUGUUUGAAAAAGUACAACUUCGAACUGGCGGACGGUAUGCCAAGGACGGUAGCUUUUAAAUCCACAACGUUGCUAACACAGCCGAGUACCGGAUUAUUCCUGAAGGCCACACCACGAGACGGCUGGGAGCAACGUAUUUUCACACGUUAAAUCUUCUAUCAACUAUUUAUUUUUGGAAAUGUUUAUAUAAAAUUACAUCACACAUUACAAUUAAUGCGAUUACAUAUCAAUGACCUAUCGCCGGGCCGUCGCGACCACUGUAAUCUAUUUCUUGAAUUGUUUUUUUAAACUAUUUCUAGGCGAAAGUAUUACAUACUUUCAUAGAAUAAAUACGAAAAUUGAUCUUCUAUGAUUGAUUAAUAUCUGUGUAUAAUUUCGAUCUGCAAAUUUAUUUUGUUUUUUAUUUUAUUUGUUCUCAAAUUAUUUUUAAUAUGAAAUUAACAAUUAGUUUCUCCCUAAACUUAAUAUUAUUAAUGUUGAAAUUUUGUGCGUUUGUAAGUCAAACACACGGAUUUGGAUGAAAUUUUACACAUGAGAUUUUGGAUUAAUGCGUAGAAUAAGAUUUAACUAUAAUGGUAAAUGAUAAGACCCGGAUAACGUUGAGCAUAACUGCUGUAAUGACAAAAUUGAACAAGAAUUCACAAGGAUGUAACUAACUACUGGCAGGAUCAGCAAGAGAGUAUUGUUCGUUUAAUAAUAAAAUUAAAAUUACCCAAAACAAAAAAAAAAAACUACAAUUAAUUAUGAAAUUUUAGAAUUUUAAAGAAAUAAUAAUUUGAACAAUGUUGAAGACAGUCAAAUUUCAAAAAAAAACGAAUAUUUAUGAACUACGGUGUAAUUCAUUUAAGUUGAUAUCACGACUAAAAACAAAGAGAAAUAUAUAUUAGUUAUUUUGUAGGUGAACUAAAGAGUAAAAAGUAAUGUUUAAAGGUGAAGAAUUUGUUCUAUAGCGAUGUGAGGUUAACCGGUUUCUUUGUUUAGAAUACACCAAUAAACAUGCAGCUAUGUAUUUA